AUGCUGCGCUCCAUCAUCCGGCGCCUGGCGUCGGAUCAGCCCGAGUCCGUCAACGACUAUAUCGGCGUCGUGGUACCGCUCGAAGAAGCCCACCUGCAUAGUCACUCGGCCCGGACUGGCAAAUGCGAAUUCGAGGAACGACCGAGUGAGGACGAGGACGAGGACGGAGAGGAUGACGGCAAGGACCAGAGUGAGAGCGCGGGGAUGCUGGAGAUGAGCGCCGCCGAGUAUACCAUCGAGGGUCUCAGAAAAGAGGUUAGGAGAGGUGGGCAAGGACGAUGGACUGAGUAUGAGUUGAAAUCGAAGCUCAUCAACAAGGCGAUUCAGGAUAUUGGCAUGGGGCGGUAUAACUGGCAGCUCUUUGUCCUUUGUGGAUUUGGCUGGUUCGCAGAUAAUUUGUGGAUGCACGGUGUUGCACUCACGCUCCCUUCUCUGUCCGCGGAGUUUGGCAUCUCAGAACAGCGUGUGCGCUACACGACGUCGUCAAUAUUUCUUGGACUCUGCUUUGGGUCCUUCAUCUGGGGCAUCGGCUCUGAUGUCUUGGGUCGUCGCAUCGCCUUCAACCUCACGCUUCUCAUCACGGGCGUCUUUGGCAUUUUGUUGGCCUUCGCACCGACAUGGGGCUGGGUGAACUUCCUCUUUGCAGCCCUCGGUUUUGGCGUCGGCGGAAAUCUGCCAGUGGAUGGAGCACUGUUCCUCGAAUUCUUGCCGGACGCAUCGAGCAGUCUACUGACGUUGCUGUCGGUGUGGUGGCCGGUCGGGCAGCUGUCUUCGUCGCUGGCGGCGUGGUAUUUCAUUGCCAACUGGCCUCCCGAACAGGGAUGGCGGAGAUUCGUUUUGACUAUUGGGCUGAUUACAUUCAUCAUGUUUGUUGUUCGGUUCUUCGUAUUCCGUUUGUUCGAAUCUCCAAAAUUCUUGCUCUCGAAGGGGCGCCAGUCGGAAGCUAUUGCCGUCGUACAUGGCAUCGCCUUUCGCAACGGUGCGAAGACUUGGUUGACCGAGGAGGUCCUGGAUGCAGUAGUCGAUGGCGUGGCAGACGAGGAUGAAGACCAUUCAAGGGCUGGCCGCUCAGGAGUGUUCCGCGGGUCCGGCGUCGCCGCAAACGCUCUCCGCGAGAGAAUGAAGGCGUUUUCCGCAGACCGACUUCGGCCACUCUUCAAGACUCGGACCCUCGGCCUUGCCACUGUGGUGGUCUGGUUCGUUUGGGCGACAAUUGGCAUGGGCUAUCCCCUCUUCAACGCCUUCCUCCCGCAGUACCUCUCCCAUGGCGGUGCUGCCCCUCCGCCCGAGGACUCCCCAGAUGCAGGAGCGACACCAAUCACGCCAGACACAUAUCGAACCUACGCAAUCACCUCCGCCGUAGGGGUGCCAGGCAGCCUGUUGGCAGCCUACCUAGUCGACCAGAAGUCCCCUUGGCUCGGGCGCCGCGGCACGCUCGCCUGCUCGUCUUUUGUCUCGGCCGUCUUCCUCUUCAUGUUUGUCAAAUUCGGCACCUCCCCCGCUUCUCAGCUCUUCUUCUCCUGCGUCGAGGCUUUCUCCCAGAAUAUCAUGUACGGCGUGUUGUACGCCUUCACGCCGGAGAUCUUCCCCGCGCCAGUACGCGGGGCCGGAACCGGCGUGGCGAGCUUCUUGAACAGGGCCAUGGGGCUUUUGGCGCCGUUGUUGGCGGCGAAUAUGCCCGGGGAUGGGGUCACGACGCCGAUUUAUCUGUCUGGGGCGUUGAUUUUGGCGGCGUUUGUCGGAAUGUGUCUGAUUCCCAUCGAGACGAGGGGUCGGCAGAGGUUGUGA